UAUUAAUCAAUGGAAUACCAAAUUGAUGAUGCAGUACAAUUUUAUGGUGUCAUUAAAAAUGUCAAACACAUGUUAAGUUUGAUAAAAGCAGUGAAUAUUAAAAGUGUGGCUUCUUUCUACAUCCAUGAAGAAGGUUUUAUUUUAACUGUUGAAGAUCAAAAAUCGGUUAAAGCUAUUGCAUAUUUCAAACUACAUUUAUUUCAUAUUUACAACUUUAAAGAAGGCACAAUUAUACCCACAUUUGCAAUACCUGUUGAUACACUCAUGAAUUGUCUUCGAAUCAUGGUACCAAGAAUGGAUCCUUCAAACACAACACAAGGCACAACUGAUUAUUGCGAAAUAAAAUAUGAUGGAACAGGAUCCUAUCUUACAUUGAGACGAUUCAUAAAAGAGCCACAUAAAAAUCAUCAUAAAGCAUUAACUUGUGAAUUAAUUCCAUUCGAACCUGAAGAAGAAAGUACUCAAUUACACUUUGAUGAAUCUACAGGAGCAGAAUCACAAAGAAUGAUAAUAAAAUCUGUCUGGUUUAAAGACCUUAUGAAUGAUUUAGAUAGUCGUUACGAUAAAAUUAAAAUGAGAAUUUCGCCUAAUGACCCACCUUUUAGUGUAGUUGCAGAAGGCUCGGAUUUAUUAACUGAGUCUGAUUAUCCGCAGGAUUCUGAACCUUUCAUAAAUUUUAUUUGCGAUCGUGAACUGACAUACAGCUAUCUUUAUUCCCAUAUCGUACAAUGUAAAAAAGCACUAGAUAUCUCAAAUGAAGUCUCUAUUGAAAUGUUUAAUAACGGCUCACUCAGAAUGUUUUUUCAAAUUGAAGGUCCAGGCAAUAAAGUUGAUACUAUUCAAUUUAAUUUUUUACCAUCUACAAACUUUACCUGAAUAGUAAAUCUAAUUGAGAUUAAAACACUUGAAGGCUUCAUCCUCGAAAAGAUCUUGUUUAUCAUUUUAAAGUUUCAUCCCUUAAAAAACCAAAUAAAUAAUCACUCCCUAUAUUUGUUUCUUUCUUUUCUUUUUUUUUUGUUUCUUUCCUUUCUUUCUAUAUCAUAUAUAUUU